CAAGGCAGGUGGGAGGGGAAAGCCAGAUUUGCCAUGGAGAAAAUCUCCCUGUCAGCAGUCUUGCUCCUGGUGGCCCUCUCCUACACACUGGCCAAAGAUACCACAGUCAAACCUGGAGCUAAGAAGGACGCAAAGGACUCUCAACCCAGACUGCCCCAGACACUCUCCAGAGGUUGGGGUGACCAACUCAUCUGGACUCAGACUUAUGAAGAAGCCUUAUACAAAUCCAAGACCAGCAACAAGCCUCUGAUGAUCAUUCACCACCUGGACGAAUGCCCACACAGCCAAGCUUUAAAGAAAGUGUUUGCUGAAAAUAAAGACAUCCAGAAGCUGGCAGAGCAGUUCGUCCUCCUCAAUCUCGUUUAUGAAACAACCGACAAACACCUUUCUCCUGAUGGCCAGUACGUCCCCAGGAUCAUGUUUGUUGACCCAUCCCUGACGGUGAGAGCUGACAUCACGGGAAGAUACUCCAAUCGCCUGUACGCCUACGAACCUUCCGACAUAAAUCUACUGCUUGACAACAUGAAGAAAGCACGCAAGUUGCUGAAGACUGAAUUGUAG